AUGGAUUCAUCAUCUUUGCAACAAGAAAAAGGAAAUCAUGGCAAUGAUACUAAAUGUAUUGUGUUGAAAAAAGGAAAAUGGCUGCCAGAAGAAGAUGCAUUAUUAAGAGAAUAUGUUACAAAAUAUGGAGCUGAAAAGUGGGAUAAAGUGCGAGAGAAAACAAAACUGGCUAGAGAUGGAAAAAGUUGUCGUUUUAGAUGGUUAAAUUGUUUGAAUCCAAGCUUGAAGAAACGUCCAUUUAGUAAAGAAGAAAGAGACACAAUUUUUAAUCUCUAUGCUAUAAUGGGACCUAAGUGGUCUCAAAUGGUUCACCAGUUUCCUGGAAGAACAGAUAACGAGUUAAAGAAUUUUUGGAAUUCAAGAAAUAGAAAAUAUAAAAAAUCGUACAAACAACCAUUUGUAGAGUUUCUUGAAAGCAUGAAUAGUGAUGUGGAGUUGAAUGAAAAUAAAAGAGAAAGUUAUGACUCACAAAAAGAAGAUAAUGAUAUAUCAAAUAUGUUGGUUGAUCAAAGUUCUGAUGGGAAAAAUAAUGAGAAAAUUAUUAUGAGGGGUUCUACUAACCAUAGUAAUAAUGUCUGUCAAGAAGAAGAACCGACUCUUCCAAGAGUGGAAUUUAAUCAUCAAGACAUUAUGCAUGGUAAAUAUCUUGAUCAAGUUAAUGAUGAUAAAAAUAUCAACAACUUGAAACAACUUUCAACUUUGGUUGAUGAUUCAAAUAUGCUAUACAAUAAUGAGGAAAGUGCUACAUUGGGUGAUAGAUGA